UAUGAAAGAUCACGUAAAUAAUCCCAGCUCCCGCUCUCGCCAAAAAGCUGAUAAUGAUGAGAGUACUGUUAGACAAUCUCUACUAAACAAUGGACCUAGUCGACCUCAGAACAAAUAUACCAAACUAGAAAAUGAAAUAGAAAGAUCAAACAGUAAAUUUAUCGAAGAUCAUCAAGCCCAACAACAAUUAAUCAUCAAAUCUCAAGAUGAAGAAAUCGAUAGAAUUACAUCUGGAGUUGGGGUUUUAAAAAACGUUAGUCGUCAAAUUGGUAGCGAACUCGACGAGCAGGCAGUCAUGUUAGACGAGUUUAAUAGAGAUAUGGAUAGAACUGAUACCAGAAUGGACAGUGUUAUGAAAAAGAUGACGAAAGUUUUACAUUUAUCGAACGAUAGACGGCAGUGGUGUGCUAUUGGUGUCCUGCUGCUAGUUUUUGUUAUUGUGAUUAUUUUAUUUUUUGUUAUAUGA